CGAGCAUCUUCAAACAUAGGAGCCACUUUUGCCCACUACAACAACCAUUACCAUGUUAACGCCUCUCAAGUUCCUAUACUAUAGGAAUGGCAACGUAUCAUCGAGAUACCCCUUGGACAGCUCUAGUGGUUGCUCUGGGGGUUUGAAGCUGCUCAUCCUCGGUCAACCCCUCCCCGUGUGAAGCCGCUCGCAUGGGGGGGCCUUAAAAGGCAGGGAGACUCCGGGAUUCUGCAAUUGACAUCAACACUCAUAACCUAAGCCCUAGCUGGCUAGAUAGGCUUCCUUGCAAGAGCAUGUGACAAUAAAUGCUCUCCCGUUUUCCGACUUUAUUCACCGGAGUGCGCAGAGUCUCCCAUGUUGGGAACGCGAACUAGAAUAUUUUGACAGUAUGCGCAUCGCGCGGCUCAGAAAUGUGAUAAUUCAACGUUGACAGAACCAACUUGGCUGUGGGUUGGUGCUACCUGUUUAAUAUUUCUCUACAUCUCCCACUAUAGGCCCCUCAUAUACCUGUUUUAACGAAGAAAAACGCUGCCUGGAAAAAAAAUACUCCCCUCGAGUCCUUAGACAUCCCUGUCCUCUAUGGAUGUCUCCUUCAUUGGCACGGGGAUGCUCCUUGGUUAAGGAUAGUUUGACUUGGUCUACAUAUGUGGCUUGAGUCGAGGAAAACUUUAUAUUUUUGUCUGUAUUGCUGACGCCCGUAUCUUGCAUUCCACACUUGUUACUUGCGUUUCCAGUUCAUCAUAUAAAGACGCAUGUUUCCUCUCUUCAUCCGACUCGUCUGGCUCUUGAAACUAAGACCAAAUCCUCCGAAAAUUGCAAAAUAACUCUGGAUCCCGAUUUUCACAUUCUCUCCCCACUUAUACUCUGGCAAUAUGAUGAAAGCUAUCAUCAUUCUUAGCUUUGUAGCGCAGGUUUUCACUGCGGCUGUUAGCCGCGAGCCCGACUCCGGUGACGAUACCAGCACCCGGCCCUUCCCCCUCCCCCCUCUCUCCCCUAUCCAGGCGGAAGGUCCGGAUCCAGACAAAGUAUACAUCGUUGGCCUUACGCAUGGCGGAACGGGAUGCCCCUCAAAUUCCGUCAGCCAUAUCCUUUCAGAUGACCGGACCGUCAUGACACUUAUUUUCGACGAAUAUGUAGCAUCGAUUGGCCCUGACGUUCCCAUCACCGACAGCCGCAAGAACUGCCAGUUGAACAUCAAUCUGCGGUAUCCAGGUGGCUUCCAAUACUCGAUAUUCUCAGCUGACUACCGAGGAUAUGCAAGGCUAGAUAAGGGUGUUAGGGGUGUCCAAAAGAGUACCUACUACUUUUCUGGUCAGACUAAACAGGCUUCCACCAUGACAGAGUGGAACGGUCCAAUGGAUAAAGACUAUCUUCUCCACGAUGAGACAGACCAUACCUCCAUCGUCUGGUCUCCAUGUGGUGCCAACGGAGCAUUGAAUAUCAAUUCCCAGAUUCGCCUAACCAGCGGUAAUCGGAACGCUCGUGGCGUGCUGACCACAGACUCCAUUGAUGCCAGUGUCAAGCAGAUUGUCCAUGUCAGGUGGCAGAAGUGCAAGCAAGCAUAGUAGUUUGUAGCUUGGAUUCAUGCGACUUCGUUGCUAAUCCGCACCGGGAGGCCGGCUGGAAAUGGUCGUGGACAAGUAUGAUGUUGUUGAUACUGCACGAUUGGGAGAACGCCUGACGAAAUGUAUUGAAACUCUCGUUUCUAGUUUUUCUAUCAUGUAUUUUUCUAGAUGGAAGAGAAACCAAGUUGAAGAUGAUUAAAUUGUUUGAUCACAUGCGGAUCGAUCUAUACUAUGUCAUAAUCUGAAUGGCUACAAUACAAUAUAACCGCAUAUAUACUGUCGUUCGCGGACAAUGACAUUCCCACUCCCCCUGCCUUGUUCCGGGGAGACCGGUACAUCUGUAGAUCGUUUGGCAUAAAGCUCACUAGCUCCCCGGGUUACACAACUACUACCAGUUGUCUUCACCAACCAGAUCUAAAUAUAAUAAAAUGGACAAUCCUUCCAUUUAUGGAACAUCAAUCUCAAACUGAGAUGCUAUUAUCGGAGAUGAAACAACAGUAAGUAAGCCCGGGUCCCGCUCCUUUUCCCUUUCAGUUUAUUUAUUUUGUAUAUUUAUAUUUUUUGGUUGGUUGGAAUAAAGAUGACGAAGGAAGUAAGCGGUAAGUUCAUGUGUUACUACGUAAACUUCUGCAAGUAUUCAACAGGACGCAAAACUGAUCCCACAAACUACGCCGCAAAGAAAGUGAAAAGUCAUUAUAGAACCAACACCUAGAGCACGCAAAUGGGUAAUAAAGAAUCUUGUGGAUUUCUUCUCCUUUUUCUUUGCUAUAUGCAUUACCGAAUCGAUUAAAGUCGUAGCACACCAUGCACGUAGUCGGUGCAGCUGCUGAGAUAAAACUUUUUCUUUUCCCCGGUCCUGUGAUAGGUGGAGUGGUUUGGUAACGCUGGUUCCGCCAACGUAGGCCCGAAGCCAGGGGGGAAAACACAUUCCAACACCGCCACCAACUCCAAUGCCCAUCCCCAUAUCCACCAUCGCCCACUGCUCAUCGCC